AUGGCUGACGCCGAGUCCCCGGCUCAAUCAACGGGUUGGCGGAUCGCCAAGGCGUGUCAGGAGUGCAGGAAGCGGAAGAUCAAAUGCAACGGAGUCAACCCCUGCAAAACCUGCCAAUUGCGGGGGACCCCGUGCAUCUACCGCGAUGUCAUCCGCCAGCGGAGGAAGAGAUACCAGUAUCAAGGGAGGCUCGAUCCUGACAGGCCUGGGUCUGAUGGGGCCACCACUGCCACUUCCACUACCCGGCCCGACGAAGGCAGUGCUGCGCGGCAGCCGUGGUCUCCCGGUCCGUCACACCACCAAGCACAAGCACAAGCACAAGCACGUCGGCGGAACCCGUCGGUCAGUUUGAACGUCAACAAUAGCGUCUCAGCCACCCACAUGACAUCGCCCUCAUGCAAGGUCCAACUGUAUUAUGGCUCCACCUCGCACUUUGCCCUCAUGCACGAGGUCUACAGAGGCUUGGUGGCAAACAGUCAGUCGGCCGAGGUGGAUCGGCCCCAGGGUGAGGUCGAAGAAGCCGGGGCUGGCUUGGACAUGUUCAGCUUUCGCCGGAUCUUCUUCGGCACACCCACAGAUUCCCAUGAUGCAAACAAGACCCUGGCGGGCUUGGAUUCUCAGCUGUUGUUCUUGCCCUAUGAGCUAGCCAAAUGCUUUCUCGAACGGUUCUUGGCUACCCUGCACAAUCUGGCUCCCAUGUGGCCCAAGGAAGAAUUCUAUCACCAGCUGGCUCAGAUGUAUGGCCAAGGGCCGGAUGCUCGCCCCGAUAAGGUAACCCAGUCAAUUCUGCUUGUAGCCAUGGCGAUUGGAGCAUUAGCCACUCAGCAUCACAGUUGGGGUGAUACGCUAUACGACCGCGUCAAGCUAGCCAUGCAUUCCCUUGACGAUGUCGUGAACUUACAGACCCACGCUCACUACCAAAGCGAACAGGGCCGGCCCAACUCAACAUUCCUGCUCAUGGGCACCGCCACACGAAAGGCUAUCUCAGCUGGGUUGCACAAGGAAGCCCCAAGUACGGGCGAAGACGCCGCCGAUAGCACCGAAGAACGACGUGCGACGUUCUGGUCCCUCUGCUUCUAUGAGAUCUGGACGUGCUUCCAUCUGGGACGACCAAGCUCACUGUCAUUGAAGGAUGUCAGUAUCGCUCCUCCUGAGGAUUCUUUCCUCCAGGUCCUCAUCAGCCUUGGCAAGAUUGUUGCUCGAUCAGCGUCUGAGAUGUACGGCCGCCGUCAUGAGUCCUUGCUGCAAAUGUGGAAGAUUGCUAGAUCGAUCAUCGACGAGCUCCGCGGAUUCGACUGCUUGAUGAGACAAGCGCUGGGCUUUGGGCUGGAUAAAUGUGCCCAGCCAGGGAGCUUGGGGGUGCGACAGAUCAUUGCGACCACUCUAUAUUAUCACACAAUUCUUCUCACCUUUCGGCCAUUUCUGAUAUUUCGUGGACGGUGGCAACAGGAUAUGAAACGGUCAUCACGCGUUGCGGCGACGAAACGAGCGACUGAAAUUCCCUCAUGGCUCAACGAAGCCUGCAACCAAGCCCUCAGCGCUGCAUGCAGGACCAUUCAUCAUUUAUGCGAAGCAUCGGCAUGCAAUGAACUGGUCAGAGAACUGCGGUAUCAUGGCUAUUUCCUAGGCAACUCAUCUUUUGCGCUCAUGUACGACCUCAUGCACGGUGAGAAUCUUGCGGCCACACAUUUGCCAUGGAUACAUGCUGCCGUGCAAGGCAUGUCGCAGAUGCGGCCUGGGGAUCCGAUCAAGAGUUCUAUCACCGCCAUUCAGACUGUCCUUAGGAAAAUCCACCCCUCGUACGAGUGGGUAGCACCGGAGACGACCAAAAGCCAGAUGUAUGAUUAUGAGCACACCCCCCCGGUAAACCCACAGCACCAUCCGAUUUCCGCCUCCAACCAAGGGCAGAGCCUCAUGCCAAUGGCUACACUCGGGGAUCCGGCGGUAGCAGGGAACCUCCCCAUGCUGUCUAAUCUACAAGGGAAUUUGUUACAGGACGGCAUACGCAUCCCCAGCGGUAGCGUCGGCAGUGGAGAUGAUCUUCUCGAUUUCACCCAAUCCGACAUGGGCUGGGACUUUGAUUUCUCCACGAUGGAUCUGGAGGCUUUCUUCUCCAUCAAUGCAGAUAUAGACCCGAUGGCGUUUUGA